UAAACAAUCCUAAAGAUCAGGGUUAGAGUAGAUCAAAUUUCUCACUCUCAUCCACAGUCCCAGUUUCUCAAUCUGAUCUUGGUUUCUUCUUAGUUUUAAGAUUCACUUUUGCCCACAAAGCAUCCUUAGAAAAUAAAUUAAUUAAUUCACUGAAAAAUGGACGACUUUGAGAAAAGUCAAAGUUUAUCUCAAAUGGGAAUUUAUUACCACAGGACGAGGCAGUAUCGGCAAGCUUUGGAGGUCCUCACCGAAGCCAACAAGUGCCUCAAAAGAUUUUCAAAAGAUCGUGACUCAACUUUUCAACUUCAAGUCUUGACAGAUUUAAUCGGUGUCAAUGAGGACUUAGCAAUAGUCUGCUUGCAUGAACUGGAAAAAGAAAAGUGUAUCGCUGGAGUACACCCUGACAAUGUGGAGUCCAUGGAAGAGGAGGAGAGUGACGACGACGGAAAAUCUUCACAAUUUGAAAGCGACGACGACGAGAAACUACAAGUGCUUAUCUCAGAAUUAGAGACGGGUGUACGCGACGAGGAGGAGGAAAGCUGCAAUGACGGGAAACUUGACCAGGAAAGGAAAAUUACCGAGGAAGAAAACAUAAGCGGAAUUAAGGGCAACUCUGAUAAUAAACAAGGUAUUUGCCACACUGAGGAAAACGACAAACGUUCGACAGCAACGGGGGACCAUAAACAGCCUGAGGUUCUGCCAACCACAAACAACUUACCUACAGCGGUCAGACUGACUAUGCCUGUUAGCUGUGGCUUGGCUGAGACGUUCAAUCCAGUAACAAAUCCGUUAGUUUCUCUAAUGGGUAUGGAUUCAGAAAUCCAUUUCUCAUAUGUAAAUCCCUCAGCCAACAGCGGAACACAAACCAUUUCUAUGCAAGAUCUUACCGAAAACAACGAAAAUGCCACAAAGGGAAAAUCGACUAAUAAGGAAGCAGUUAAAUUAAAGGAAAAAACAGUUGCCAUAACUGAUGACAUUAUUUUACAGUGUCUCGUGAAAACAGGAAGUGGGAGGCUGUCGGACGUGAUUGGUUUGGACCACGUUAUCCUUGUGGGGGAGCUUAACUAUAUAAAAGAGGAAAAGUGCAAAACCUUCCCAACGAUAAGCAUCUGGAAGGUAGAGCCAAAAGACAUCUUGCAUAAGUGGAUAGGUGACUCAGACAAGUACCUCAGUCGGAUUUUCGAGUUGGCUCAUGAGAAGCGCCCGUCGAUAAUAAUUAUUGACGAGAUCGACUCUCUAUUAUGUCAGCGAAAAGAGGACGAUCCUGAACACAUUCGACGGCUCAAGACGGGAUUUCUUUCGUGCAUGGAUGGCCUAAAUAAUUAUUCUGGAAUUGUGGUCGUGGGAUUGACAAAUUUUCCGCAGCAUUUGGAUUAUGCAUUCAGGCGAAGGUUUUCGAAAAGAAUUUAUAUUGGAUUACCCGAUUCCUUUGCAAGGGAGCGAAUACUAGCACACUAUUUAAAGAAAACAAAUCUUUUAACGGAAUCAUUCGAUCUUGGCAAAAUAUCUUCAAUGACUGAGGGUUUCUCUGCCCACGACCUUGCUGUUGCCAUUUCAAAACUACAAGCACUUCAGUACACUAGUAACUUUUCCUCCGACGGUGUGAACGAUAUUGUCCAACUUAUGAAGGUGGGCUGCAAGCCAACAACAUUGAUAACCCAGGAAAUGUUUGAAGGAUUAAUUCGGACUGAUGGAUCAACCAAUGGGGCCACGAACGAUGAGAAAACCGUUGAUGAGCUUAAAAGGUGGGGACGAGAAUUCGGAGCAGAGGGUAUGACUCAACCGGUUUAUUAUGAAGGAGAGUAUGAGCCAACGCUCAGCUCGUGCCUAUUUGAAAUGUUUUGCUGCCUGUUUUACUAAACAUGAUCUUACUCGAUAAAUAUUAUUUAAAUUCAAUAAAUGCACAUCUAUUAUCAACUUA